CUCCUAGAAGUGGAUGAGUCGGAAUCGCAACUGAGAUUCAUGGGGGCCUAAAAAGACAUCAUUGAAGAACACGACUUUCUCAUCAGAAUCGGAGGAGACAGGGGACUUUCCAUUUCGUUUCAUCGCCAUGGCUUGAGGUUUGAGUGGUUCUAGGGUUUCGGUCCGAGGGAGGAAAGAAUCUAUGUAUAUAAAGAAGGAGAGAAAGAGGGAGAUGGAAAGAAACCAUUAAGAAUGUAUUGAUUGAUCUAAACGAAAGUAAAUUGCUCGAUCAAUUCUCGGUUUCUUUGCUCUUCGAUCUGUUUCUCUCUGAGAAGACGAAGACGAAGCGAAAGCAGCGAGGAGAAUCUUAUCCCUAGACUUCUCCUAUUUUGACUUCAUCUCUAUGGUCUUCCCGAUCCACCUCUUGAACUCAUCGGAUUCUACUCCUUUUUAAGACAAUUCCCCAAGCGCAAGCUUCUCUUUCCGAUUCCUUUUCCGGCGCAAAGCAGAUAACACUAGGAGGAGCCGACUCACAAAAUUCCAAAUCGCCAUAGCUGUCGUUACUUUCUCUCUCUCUCUCUCUCUCAUUACCUCAACUUCGGAGACUAGCCACUUCUUCUUACGCUAAACUCGUGAAACUCUCAGGAAGCAAAUAAAAAUGAAUGUGAUCACAACUCCCAUAGAAACUCUACAUCUUAAAUCAAAACAUCGUCUUCUACCACGAGCUCUACAUCGAAGUCAACGGGUUCAACUUCUCUCGCUCAACACCUUGUCCAACUCUUCUUUGACUUCUCCAGCUCGCAUUGUCUCACUUUCUCAAGGUGGCGGAUCGAUAGAUUUGUGGCGUAGGUAUGCAUCCGACAAGUUCUCAGACAUGGGUUUGGAUCCUGGAGCAGGUUCAGACAAGAUGUUUAAUGAGACGGCUUCUUCUAUAGUGGAAACAUUGAAGAAAGCAAACUCUAUACUUCCUCAUGUGGUGUUGGCGAGUACUGUCUUAGCUCUUCUCUAUCCUCCUUCUUUCACUUGGUUUACCUCCAGGUACUUUGUUCCGGCGUUAGGCUUCUUGAUGUUUGCCGUUGGUAUCAAUUCAAACGAGAAAGACUUUCUCAAAGCCUUCAAAAGACCAAAAGCUAUACUCCUUGGUUAUCUUGGACAGUAUCUCAUCAAGCCUCUCUUAGGUUUCAUCUUUGGCUUAGCUGCUGUCUCUCUUUUCCAACUACCAACUCCACUAGGUGCUGGAAUCAUGUUGGUUUCAUGUGUUAGUGGAGCUCAGUUAUCAAACUACGCUACUUUCUUGACAGAUCCAGCAUUGGCACCACUUAGCAUCGUCAUGACAUCUCUAUCAACCGCUACCGCGGUUCUUGUCACACCGAUGCUAUCACUCUUGCUUAUAGGGAAGAAGCUGCCCGUCGAUGUGAAAGGAAUGAUCUCCAGCAUUCUCCAGGUCGUGAUCGCACCAAUUGCUGCAGACGUUGUUCCCAAAACUGUCCAAUGCAAUCAGACCGUUUCUACCAUAUUGUUGCUAGUAACAAUGUUCCAUCUGUCAGCUUUCCUAUCUGGAUACUUCCUUACCGGUUCCGUCUUUAGAAACGCUCCAGACUCUAAAGCCUUGCAAAGAACAUUGUCCUAUGAAACUGGAAUGCAGAGUAGUCUUUUGGCUCCAGCGCUUGCGACAAAGUUCUUUCAAGAUCCUCUUGUUGGGAUUCCUCCUGCAAUAUCUACGGUGGUAAUGUCAUUGAUGGGGUUCACACUCGUUAUGAUAUGGUCUAACGAUAAAGAGCAAAGCAUUUAAAAAAAAAAAGUAGAAUUCUUAAUUUAAUGCACAAACUUCUUGUAACAUGUGUAAGAAAUAGAUUCCACCAUAAAGGAUUGUUUGAUUUAUAAACCCGGUCUGAUUAUUUAAAGAGAGUUUAGAUACAAAAAAGAAGAAUAAUAAAAGAGAUGUUCGAAAUUAAAGUCAGAAACUUUACCCAUUGUUGGAUGUUCGAAACUUCGCUUCUGUGUUCGGCGUUU